AUGUUUGAGGACCUCUACAGAUGUCAGACACAUGUGUCCUUGUCAAUUACAACAUAGAGAAGUUAUUCAAAGACUACACAAACUCACACACACCGACAAGCUCUCACAGUCUCACAUCAGAAUUAGACGUUCAUCCAUGUUUCUCAAACAUCAAAUUUCGAAGUUGUUUCCAAUAUCAAAUAUCGAAGUGUUUAAGGUUAAGUUUAGGCAUUAACGCCACAUUUUUAAGGUUAGUGUUAAGUUUUGGAAUAGGCUUAAAACAAAAAUAACUUUCUAAUGCUGGAUUCAAUCAUGCAACCUUUGGCACCAGAGGCAGAUGCUUACACCUAUCCCCCAUCCCUGUCCACAACACCCUAGCAAAACCCAAAGCUACUUGAAGGUAACAGCGCUCACUGUUGCCCCUAGUGGCCAGUUUCAAUGUAAUCUCCCGGAUACUGACUUAUAUUUACAUUUACAUUUUAGUCAUUUAGCAGACGCUCUUAUCCAGAGCGACUUACAGGAGCAAUUAGGGUUAAGUGCCUUGCUCAAGGGCACAUUUACGUCAUUUAGCAGACGCUCUUAUCCAGAGCGACUACAAAUUGGUGCAUUCACCCUAUAGCCAGUGGGAUAACCACUUUACAAUUAUACUUUUUUUUUUUUUUUUUUUGUGGGGGGGGGGGGGGGGGUAGAAGGAUUACUUUAUCCUAUCCCAGGUGUUCCUUAAAGAGGUGGGGUUUCAAAUGUCUCCGGAUGGUGGUGAGUGACUCCGCUGUCCUGGCGUCGUGAGGGAGCUUGUUCCACCAUUGGGGUGCCAGAACAGCGAACAGCUUUGACUGGGCUGAGCGGGAACUAUGCUUCCGCAGAGGAAGGGGAGCCAGCAGGCCAGAGGUGGAUGAACGCAAUGCCCUCGCCUGGGUGUAGGGACUGAUCAGAGCCUGAAGGUACGGAGGUGCCGUUCCCCUCACUGCUCCAUAGGCAAGCACCAUGGUCUUGUAACGGAUGCGAGCUUCAACUGGAAGCCAGUGGAGUGUGCAGAGGAGGGGGGUGACGUGAGAGAACUUGGGAAGGUUGAACACCAGACGGGCUGCGGCAUUCUGGAUGAGUUGUAGGGGUUUAAUGGCACAGGCAGGGAGCCCAGCCAACAGCGAGUUGCAGUAAUCCAGACGGGAGAUGACAAGUGCCUGGAUUAGGACCUGUGCCGCUUCCUGUGUAAGGCAGGGUCGUACUCUCCGAAUGUUGUAGAGCAUGAACCUGCAGGAUCGGGUCACCGCCUUGAUGUUGGCGGAGAACGACAGGGUGUUGUCCAGGGUCACGCCAAGGCUCUUCGCACUCUGGGAGGAGGACACAACGGAGUUGUCAACCGUGAUGGCGAGAUCAUGGAACGGGCAGUCCUUCCCCAGGAGGAAGAGCAGCUCCGUCUUGCCAGGGUUCAGCUUGAGGUGGUGAUCCGUCACCCAUACUGAUAUGUCGGCCAGACAUGCAGAGAUGCGAUUCGCCACCUGGUUAUCAGAAGGGGGAAAGGAGAAGAUUAGUUGUGUAUCGUCAGCGUAGCAAUGAUAGGAGAGGCCAUGUGAGGAUAUGACAGAGCCAAGUGACUUGGUGUAUAGGGAGAAAAGGAGAGGGCCUAGAACUGAGCCCUGGGGGACACCAGUGGUGAGAGCACGUGGUGCGGAGACAGCUUCUCGCCACGCCACUUGGUAGGAGCGACCGGUCAGGUAGGACGCAAUCCAGGAGUGAGCCGCGCCGGAGAUGCCCAGCUCGGAGAGGGUGGAGAGGAGGAUCUGAUGGUUCACUGUAUCAAAGGCAGCAGACAGGUCUAGAAGGACAAGAGCAGAGGAGAGAGAGUUAGCUUUAGCAGUGCGGAGAGCCUCCGUGACACAGAGAAGAGCAGUCUCAGUUGAAUGACCAGUCCUGAAACCUGACUGGUUUGGAUCAAGAAGGUCAUUCUGAGAGAGAUAGCAAGAGAGUUGGCUAAAGACGGCACGCUCAAUAGUUUUGGAAAGAAAAGAAAGAAGGGAUACUGGUCUGUAGUUGUUGACAUCAGUGGGAUCGAGUGUUGGUUUUUUGAGAAGGGGUGCAACUCUCGCUCUCUUGAAGACGGAAGGGACAUGGCCAGCGGUCAAGGAUGAGUUGAUCAGCGAGGUGAGGUAGGGGAGAAGGUCACCGGAGAUGGUCUGGAGAAGAGAGGAGGGGAUGGGGUCAAGCGGGCAGGUUGUUGGGCGGCCUGCAGUCACUAGUCGCAAGAUUUUAUCUGGAGAGAGAGGGGAGAAAGAAGUCAAAGCAUAGGGUAGGGCAGUGUGAGCAGGACCAGCAGUGUCAUUAGACUUAACAAACGAGGAUCGGAUGUCGUCAACCUUCUUUUCAAAGUGGUUGACAAAGUCAUCCACAGAGAGGGAGGAGGGGGGGGGGGGGGGGGGGGUUGGGAGGAUUCAGCAGUGAGGAGAAUGUGGCAAAGAGCUUCCUAGGGUUAGAGGCAGAUGCUUGGAAUUUAGAGUGGUAGAAAGUGGCCUUAGCAGCAGAAACAGAUGAAGAAAAUGUAGAGAGGAGGGAGUGAAAAGAUGCCAGGUCGGCAGGGAGUUUAGUUUUCUUCCAUUUCCCCUCAGCUGCCCGGAGCUCUGUUCUGUGAGCUCGCAAUGAGUCAUCAAGCCACAGAGCUGGAGGGGAGGACCGAGCCGGCCGGGAGGAUAGGGGACACAGGGAGUCAAAGGAUGCAGAAAGGGAGGAGAGGAGGGUUGAGGAGGCAGAAUCAGGAGAUUGGAGGGAGAAGGAUUGAGCAGAAGGAAGAGAUGAUAGGAUGGAAGAGGAGAGAGUAGUGGGAGAGAGAGAGCGAAGGUUGCGGCGGCGCGUUACCAUCUGUGUAGGGGCAGAGUGAGUAGUGUUGGAGGAGAGCGAGAGAGAAAAGGAUACAAAGUAGUGGUCGGAGACAUGGAGGGGAGUUGCAGUGAGAUUAGUAGAAGAGCAACAUCUAGUAAAGAUGAAGUCAAGCGUAUUGCCUGCCUUGUGAGUGGGGGGGGGGAUGGUGAGAGGGUGAGGUCAAAAGAGGAGAGGAGUGGAAAGAAGGAGGCAGAGAGAAAUGAGUCAAAUGUAGACGUGGGGAGGUUGAAAUCCCCCAAGACUGUGAAGGGUGAGCCAUCCUCAGGAAAGGAACUUAUCAAGGCGUCAAGCUCAUUGAUGAACUCUCCAAGGGAACCUGGAGGGCGAUAGAUGACAAGGAUAUUAAGCUUAAAUGGGCUAGUGACUGUGACAGCGUGGAAUUCAAAUGAGGAGAUAGACAGAUGGGUUAGGGGAAAAAUUGAGAAUGACCACUUGGGAGAGAUGAGGAUUCCUGUGCCACCACCCCUCUGACCAGAUGCUCUCGGGGUAUGCGAGAACACAUGGUCAGACGAGGAGAGAGCAGUAGGAGUAGCAGUGUUUUCAGUGGUAAUCCAUGUUUCCGUCAGUGCCAGGAAGUCGAGGGACUGGAGGGUGGCAUAGGCUGGGAUGAAGUCAGCCUUGUUGGCGGGUGUGUGGUGCGUGCAGGGACCACCAGGUUAGAGAGGCAGCAGCCACGCGGUGUGAGGCGUUUGUGUAGCCUGUGCGGAGAGGAGAGAACAGGGAUAGGCAGAGGCAUAGUUGACAGGCUGCAGCAGAUGGCUACAAUAAUGCAGAGGAGAUCGGGAUGAAAUGAACUAAACAUCAGGGAAAGGAGAGAGCAGGCCUCCCUCACCAAAAAAAAAAAUAUAUAUAUAACUCUCCCAACUUCCACCUCAGAAACUAUAAUUGUUUCACUGAACCACCCGAGUAAAACUCUCCCAACUUCCACUUUAGACAUUAGAAUUGUUGUAAACUACAGCAGACUGUUAUCAGUAGCUGUAAUUAAGUACAGCAGCUACCAACCACCUAACGUUAAUGCCUCGGAUGAGGUUAGAAAAACAGCUGAUAUAACCCUUAUAUCAUGGGUUACCUGGCUGCAUACACACACACACACACACACACACAUUUACAUUUACAUUUACAUUUUAGUCAUUUAGCAGACGCUCUUAACCAGAGCGACUUACAGGAGUAAUUAGGGUUAAGUGCCUUGCUCAAGGGCACAUUAACGUCAUUUAGCAGACGCUCUUAGCCAGAGCGACUCACAAAUUGGUGCGUUCACCCUAUAGCCAGUGGGAUAACCACUUUACAAUUUGGGGGGGGGGGGGGGGGGGGUUAGAAGGAAUACUUUAUCCUAUCCCAGGUAUUCCUUAAAGAGGUGGGGUUUCAAAUGUCUCCGGAAGGUGGUGAGUGACUCCGCUGUCCUGGCGUCGUGAGGGAGCUUGUUCCACCAUUGGGGUGCCAGAGCAGCGAACAGUUUUGACUGGGCUGAGCGGGAGCUGUGCUUCCGCAGAGGAAGGGGAGCCAGCAGGCCAGAGGUGGAUGAACGCAAUGUCCUCGUUUGGGUGUAGGGACUGAUCAGAGCCUGAAGGUACAGAGGUGCCGUUCCCCUCACUGCUCCAUAGGCAAGCACCAUGGUCUUGUAGCGGAUGCGAGCUUCAACUGGAAGCCAGUGGAGUGUGCGGAGGAGGGGGGUGACGUGAGAGAACUUGGGAAGGUUGAACACCAGACGGGCUGCGGCAUUCUGGAUGAGUUGUAGGGGUUUAAUGGCACAGGCAGGGAGCCCAGCCAACAGCGAGUUGCAGUAGUCCAGACGGGAGAUGACAAGUGCCUGGACCAGGACCUGCGCCGCUUCCUGUAUAAGGCAGGGUCGCACUCUCCGAAUGUUGUAGAGCAUGAACCUGCAGGAGCGGGUCACCGCCUUGAUGUUGGCGGAGAACGACAGGGUGUUGUCCAGGGUCACGCCUAGGCUCUUCGCACUCUGGGAGGAGGACACAGCGGAGUUGUCAACCGUGAUGGCGAGAUCAUGGAACGGGCAGUCCUUCCCCGGGAGGAAGAGCAGCUCCGUCUUGCCAGGGUUCAGCUUGAGGUGGUGAUCCGUCAUCCAUACUGAUAUGUCUGCCAGACAUGCAGAGAUGCGAUUCGCCACCUGGUUAUCAGAAGGGGGAAAGGAGAAGAUUAGUUGUGUAUCGUCAGCGUAGCAAUGAUAGGAGAGACCAUGUGAGGAUAUGACAGAGCCAAGUGACUUGGUGUAUAGGGAGAAAAGGAGAGGGCCCAGAACCGAUCCCUGGGGGACACCAGUGGUGAGAGCACGUGGUGCGGAGACAGCUUCCCGCCACGCCACUUGGUAGGAGCGACCGGUCAGGUAGGACGCAAUCCAGGAGUGAGCCGCGCCGGAGAUGCCCAUCUCGGAGAGGGUGGAGAGGAGGAUCUGAUGGUUCACAGUAUCAAAGGCAGCAGACAGGUCUAGAAGGACAAGAGCAGAGGAGAGAGAGUUAGCUUUAGCAGUGCACACACACACACACACACACACACACACACACACACACACACACACACACACACACACACACACACACACACACACACACACACACACACACACACACACACACAUACACACACAUACACACACACACACACUCCUCUCUGAUGGUGUAGCAUACAGAAGAAGGUUUGAUGGGAGGCUCUUUGACUUUGACCCUCAUGAAAGGUCCACUAAAGGUCACACUGAGGAAAAGGUUGUUUAUAUGGUGAUGGUCAUUGUGCUUGACCUUCAGUCUCUCUCUGUGUGUGUGUGUGUGUGUGUGUGUGUGUGUGUGUGUGUGUGUGUGUGUGUGUGUGCGUGUGCAUGUGCGUGUGUGUGGUUGUUUGAAGUGGGGAGGUCAGGAUGAAAGAGAUCACUAGCCUUUCAUGAGGGCUUGUGGGGAGACACAUGCGUACACACACAAACACUACAGUAAGUUGAGUAAUUGAGUGAAACAGUAUUGAAAGAGUUAAUCUUGUGUUAAACCUCUAUGCCCCUUACGGUGACAACAGAUCAUCAUAACCAACACUUUGACUAUACAGGACAUGAAGUGGCUGGGUUUACAACAGAAAUACUGGGGUUGCUAAUCUGAUAUAAGAACCUCUGAUUGUAACAAUGACCACUGUUGUUGUUUCAACAUAAAUACAUGGGAAUUAGGGCCACUUACAACACAGUAGAGAGAGAAAGGGAGAGAGAGAGAGAGAGAUAGAGAGACAGAGAGAGAGAGAGAUUAUUUUGGAACUUGUGAGUGUAAUAUUUACCGUUCACUUUUUAUUGUUUAUUUCACUUUUGUUUAUCCAUUUCACUUGCUUUGGCAAUGUAAACAUGUUUCCCAUGCCAAUAAAGCCCCUCGAAUUGAAAUUAAUUGAGAGAGCGAGAGAGAGCAAGAGAGAGAGAGAGCGAGAGAGAUAGCGAGAGAGAGCGAGAGAGAGAGAAAGAGAGAGAGAGCGAGACAGAGAGCGAGAGAGAGAGAGAGAGGGAGAGGGAGGGAGGCAGAGAGAGUGAGAGAGAGAGAGAGAGAGAGAGGGAGGGGGAGGGAGGCAGAGAGAGAGUGAGAGAGAGAGAGAGAGAGAGAGAGAGAGAGAGAGAGAGGGAGGCAGAGAGAGAGUGAGAGAGAGAGAGAGAGAGAGAGAGAGAGAGAGAGAGAGAGGGAGGGAGCGAGUCAGAGAAAUGAGAGAGAUGAUGGCUAAUGAGGGAGAUGUAACUACACAUCAAUAUGCCCUGAGGUGGUCCUCAAGUAACUGUCUCUUACUGUUACAGAACAACCAAAGCAGCUGAACUCUCCAUGUUUUGAUAUUGACUGAACAUUUCCUAAUCCAACAAUCUCUCACGCAGCCUCUCUAGUGUUACUUGAAGUCACGUUGGUACAUGGUAGGUACAUUUGAGUGUUUUUCUCUCUCUUGUUUGUCAGAGAGAGAGACCCACCUGUGUGACUUCCCAGAACUCAGCUCAGAAACAGGAAGUGUGGUUAACGAGUCAGACUACAGGAAGUCCCAUCAUGUUAACGAGAGAGCUAUGUAACAUGCAGAGAGGUGGUGGGUGCUAAAGUGAGCUGCAAUGUGCUUGGUGGUUCAGAAUCACAGUUUGGGAGGUAUGGAUAUGUGUGUGUGUGUGUGUGUCAACAGUUGUUAAUUAUUGAGACUGAGCACUUUAUAUUGUUGUAUAGUAUUAUAGAUUUAUUCCUAGUAGUUACCCAGAACAGAAGAGCUUUGUAUCUAUUCUGUAGCACAACUGAACUUUGUUGUGUGUAUAUCAAUAGUUGUGUUGUUGCUUAUGUACAGUAGCACAUGGGGAUGUGUGAAACUUACUCCUCAGCCUGGGGUGUCGCCACUUGCGUCACUGGUUAGUCAGGAAGGUAGUCACGUGCGCUAGCAAGGCAGAGGUCCUAGGUUCGAGCCUCGGUUUGAGACUAAUCAGGAGGAAGCAGUCACUUAUGGUGACAGUGUGUGUGUGUGUGUGUGUGUGUGCGCGCACGUGUGUGGGUAUGGGGGGUUUAUGGGAGGUAUGUUUGUGGGUGACCCAGGCCCGGGUUGGGCUGUAACUGCUGGGAGUUCUUCCCUGCGUAUUCCCAAUCAGAGUUUAGCAAUACUCAUCUAUUAAUAGGGCUUUCCCAGUCUCCUCUCUGACACUGAGGCUGACACACAGCUCUCUGACAGCCUGGCCUCAAAUAUCACUCUGACGCUCAGUCUCUUUCUCCUCCAUCAGCACUGCUACUUAGCCAACCACAGACAGCUCACUGAUGUUGGGACCACCACAGCUUAGAGCUAGCUGGUAGCACCUGAGUGUGCAGUGGUUCAUACUCAGGGAUUAUACUGGACUCCAAAGUGCCUGUGGAAAUAGGCUAGCUGAGGUUUACUAGCCCCUGGAGGUAUGAACUGUUUUAUAUACCCAGAGAGUGCUGGUUGGUUCGGUCUUUGGUGCUAAAUAUAUGGUGUUUUGCUUCAGGUAUUAAGAGGGCUGAUUAGUUUGUUUGUAAUGUAAACAAGGGGUACUGGUUUGUAUUUGUUUGGUGUAUUAUGUACUGGUCUGGUGGUAUUCAUUCUAGAGAAUUGGUAUAACUAAUGCUGACUUGUGACUUGUCCCUCAUCCUCUCUCCACCUCUCUCUCUCUCUCUCUCUCUCUCUCUCUCCCUCUCUCUCUUCCUUUCUUAGGGUGACGGACAUCUCUUAUCAGUACCAGAGGAGCGAGGCGUCAAGGGCGGAACUGCCGCUGCGAGCCAAAGAGAACCUCCUCUCUCUCUCUCUCUCUCUCUCUCUCUCUCUCUCUCUCUCUCCCCUUGCCAACCCAUCUCUCAUCUGGAGGAAAAAGCCAGUCAGCGCGUGGGGCCUGUGCCAGAGAGGGGGGUGACAUCCACACAAAGACUACUCUCCCCGAAACAACACUGACACUCUCUGUGAAGAGAAGGACUUGCCUCAUCAAAAACUAACUGAAACACAACUCUUCACUGUGAGGAUCACUGUUACAGUGGCAGGAGAGGUUCUCUGAAGGUUUUCUGGAGGUCAGUGAGUGAGUGGUACCUGCAGCCAUGUCUCCGUUCCUGCGUAUCGGCUUCUCCAGCUUUGAGAUGGACCCAGGUCUGGCCUACCAUGAAGAGGUGAUCAAUCCAUACUGUGCUGUCUACAUGAAGGAAGCUGUAGACACAGGUCAGUUUGAGUGUGUGUGUGUGUGUGUGUGUGUGUGUGUGUGUGUGUGUGUGUGUGUGUGUGUGUGUGUGUGUGUGUGUGUGUGUGUGUGUGUGUGUGUGUGUGUGUGUGUGUGUGUGUGUGUGUGUGUGUGUGUGUGUGUGUGUGUGUGUGUGUGUGUGUGUGUGUGUGUGUGUGUGUGUGUGUGUGUGUGUGUGUGUGUGUGUGUGUGUGUGUGUGUGUGUGUGCGUGCGUGUGUGUCAGAGAGAUGUGAUGGGGAAACAUGGGAACCUCUAUGAUUUUCUGUAGGACUGUUGUGUCCCAUGGGUUGCAAGUGAGGAAAGAAGUUGUGCCCAGUGAGUGUGUCACUGUUUACUCUAUCGACAGUGUCUAUGCAUUAAAGAGGGCAGACAUACAGUGGGGGAAAAAAUUAUUUAGUCAGCCACCAAUUCUGCAAGUUCUCCCACUUAAAAAGAUGAGAGAGGCCUGUAAUUUUCAUCAAAGGUACACGUCAACCAUGACAGACAAAAUGAGAAAAAAUAAUCCAGAAAAUUACAUUGUAGGAUUUUUUAUGAAUUUAUUUGCAAAUUAUGGUGGAAAAUAAGUAUUUGGUCACCUACAAACAAGCAAGAUUUCUGGCUCUCACAGACCUGUAACUUCUUCUUUAAGAGGAUCCUCUGUCCUCCACUCGUUACCUGUAUUAAUGGCACCUGUUUGAACUUGUUAUCAGUAUAAAAGACACCUGUCCACUACCUCAAACAGUCACACUCCAAACUCCACUAUGGCCAAGACCAAAGAGCUGUCAAAGGACACCAGAAACAAAAUUGUAGACCUGCACCAGGCUGGGAAGACUGAAUCUGCAAUAGGUAAGCAGCUUGGUUUGAAUAAAUCAUCUGUGGGAGCAAUUAUUAGGAAAUGGACGACAUACAAGACCACUGAUAAUCUCCCUUGAUCUGGGGCUCCACGCAAGAUCUCACCCCGUGGGGUCAACAUGAUCACAAGAACGGUGAGCAAAAAUCCCAGAACCACACGGGGGGACCUAGUGAAUGACCUGCAGAGAGCUGGGACCAAAGUAACAAAGCCUACCAUCAGUAACACACUACGCCGCCAGGGACUCAAAUCCUGCAGUGCCAGACGUGUCCCCCUGCUUAAGCCAGUACAUGUCCAGGCCCGUCUGAAGUUUGCUAGAGUGCAUUUGGAUGAUCCAGAAGAGGAUUGGGAGAAUGUCAUAUGGUCAGAUGAAACCAAAAUAUAACUUUUUGGUAAAAACUCAACUCGUCGUAUUUGGAGGACAAAGAAUGCUGAGUUGCAUCCAAAGAACACCAUACCUACUAUGAAGCAUGGGGGUGGAAACAUCAUGCUUUGGGGCUGUUUUUCUGCAAAGAGACCAGGACGACUGAUCCGUGUAAAGGAAAGAAUGAAUAGGGCCAUGUAUCGUGAGAUUUUGAGUGAAAACCUCCUUCCAUCAGCAAGGGCAUUGAAUAUGAAAUGUGUCUGGGUCUUUCAGCAUGACAAUGAUCCCAAACACACCGCCCGGGCAACGAAGGAGUGGCUUCGUAAGAAGCAUUUCAAGGUCCUGGAGUGGCCUAGCCAGUCUCCAGAUCUCAACCCCAUAGAAAAUCUUUGGAGGGAGUUGAAAGUCCGUGUUGCCCAGCGACAGCCCCAAAACAUCACUGCUCUAGAGGAGAUCUGCAUGGAGGAAUGGGCCAAAAUACCAGCAACAGUGUGUGAAAACCUUGUGAAGACUUACAGAAAACGUUUGACCUGUGUCAUUGCCAACAAAGGGUAUAUAACAAAGUAUUGAGAAACUUUUGUUAUUGACCAAAUACUUAUUUUCCACCAUAAUUUGCAAAUAAAUUCAUAAAAAAUCCUACAAUGUGAUUUUCUGGAUUUUUAUUCCUCAUUUUGUCCGUCAUAGUUGACGUGUAUCUAUGAUGAAAAUUACAGGCCUCUCUCAUUUUUUAAGUGGGAGAACUUGCACAAUUGGUGGCUGACUAAAUACUUUUUUCCCCCACUGUAUUUAUAGAAAGACAUUUAUAGACAUUCAAUAGAAAAGGCUUUUCUUCUCCAGGGGUUCCAUUAGUGUAAAUGGGCUUAUGAUUCAUAUCAGUAUUAUCUCUAAUUAGCAGUACUUCAGAGUGCUAAUGGACAGUUUUGUUUCCUUGCUGACUAUAUUUAACCGUUGGUAAAGAUGACAGUUAUAGGGCUAAAAACAGAGAGAGACGUGGGGAGGAAAGAGGAUGGAUCUAGGUUGUUUUUCCUACUUCUUUCUCACUUUAACCACAGAGCUGUUCUGGUAGUUGGACGGAGAUCGAGUAGUAGAGAAACACUGUGUGUGUGUGUGUCCGCAUUUGCGUGUGUCUGCAUGUGUGUGUGCGGGAUGUGCGUGGGUGUAUUCACAGGAAGACCUGUGUCAUUCAGUUUCAAUUCAGUUCAGGUCUGUCCUGCUUUUUGCAAUGGCAUCAAAAGGCCCAGAUGAUAGUAAAUAGUAGUGCAGUGUGAGGUUUAGCACCAAUAUUCCGCUGUUGGUCUAGCUAGCCUACAAGCAGCUGCAAACUGACUGCAUUCAGUUGUGCCAAUAGAGCAAUUGGAAAUCAUUACUAAGACCAAUUUGAAAUUGAACUGAACACCUUACUGAGGAGGAGUGUUUUGGGUCUGGAGUCAGAGUUGUAGUAUAGGGGAAUCCUUACUACAAAGCUGUGACUGGCUCAGACACGUUUCUUAACUCCACUGUGGCUUAAGCACCUAACAGAAAUGUGAAAGCAACACCUCAGCCAAAUGUCACUUAACCACUACAGAGAACAAAGAAAAAGUAUGUCAUUGUGGGCUGACAAAAGCCUACUCAGAGCUGUGUGGGACUUCUACAGCAAAACAUAUUGCCCUCUCAUGCCAAAGGCGGAUUGGAAACAUGAUGAAAAAUAUGAACCGUCUGUCUGGGGAGAAUUAGACAGUUUUUCCCUGUCAGAGGGAAAUUAUUUUCAGUAUAGACAACAGCUGGUAGCGUUGUCUCUGUCCAGAAUAGACAGUCUAUGGGCCAGUGAUAGAGAUAGAACCAUAGAAAUAUAAUUGUCAUUCUAUGGCAGGAACAUACAUUUCUGGAAUGGAAUGCUUGUCAAAUGGCAGAAGGAAAAUACUGUGAAGUGAAAGUUAAACUGUAGGUAUACAGUACACCACAGUAGGCUGCUGAGGGGAGGACGACUCAUAAUAAUGUCUGGAACGGAGCCAUUGGAAUGGCAUCCAACAUAUGGAAACCAGCCAUUACCACGAGCCUGUCCUCCCCAAUUAAGAUGCCACCAACCUCCUGUGGUAGAGACAGACCACUCUUUGCUCCUGGUCAGGUCACAUGUCAGGAAAAAUGUAGGACCAAUGACAGAUCGACUAAUGUUAAAAUUCUUGUCUGUUAAUGUCUGUCUUUCUCCCCCUUACAUGCACACACACACACACACACACACACACACACACACACACACACACACACACACACACACACACCUCCAGAGAAGGGCCAGGUGUACAAGCAGAAGAAGCCCACCAUGUACCCCCCCUGGAGCAGCACGUUUGAUGCCCAUGUCCACCUGGGCCGUGUCAUGCACGUGGUGGUGAAGGAUAAAACCGCUGAGCUAAAGUCUGAGGCCACGGUGCAGCUGGACUCCCUGGCUUCCCGCUGCAAAAAGGAGAACGGAAAGCUGGAGAUUUGGGUAAGACAACAGGGAGGGAGGGAUCCAUUGGCUUAGGGUUGGAGUGAGAGGAAUAUGUCAUGUCCACACAAUUUGAUAUGGGGAUAUAUCUGUCUCUGUCUCUGUCUCUGUCUCUGUCUCUGUCUCUCUCUCUCUCUCUCUCUCUCUCUCUCUCUCUCUCUCUCUCUCUCUCUCUCUCUCUCUCUCUCUCUCUCUCUCUCUCUCUCUCUCUCUCUCUCUCUCUCUCUCUCUCUCUCUCUCUCUCUCUCUCUAUAUAUAUAUAUAUAUAUAUAUAUCUCUCUCUCUCAGGUGGAGCUGAAGCCACAGGGUCGUCUACUGAUGGAGGCCAGAUACUACUUGGAGAAGAGUGGUGAGGGUUCAGAACCAUUGUAGACUUCGUAAUAUCUGUGUAUGUUUGUUCCUGUGUGGUUAUGUGUGGUUAUAACCAUUCCAGAACCCCAUCUAUUCCUAAUAGUUUCUGUCAGUGCCCUCUCUUGUUGCGGUCUUAUCAACACACUCUGAAGGCUUAUAAAGCCAUUAUAUAACAGGCGUGAGGAAACCUCUCAUAUGUCUGUCUAUAUAUAAAGUCUACACAACUACUCAUAAUCAGCACUCACAACAGGUGGUUCGAUGAUUGUUCAGUACUAAUCAUCUGAUAAUUUACAUGACUCACAAAUAGAAAGAUAUUCACCUUUACCCUGUGUGCAUACACACAUGCAUGCACACAUACACACACACACUUUGACAGACUCUCGUCGAUCAUGGAGGGUGUGUUAAAUUUGCAGCUGUCAGUUUUCUAGUGAAUAAAUGCUUGUGGGACUGUAGGACAGGAAGUCAGCCAAAGGCCCUCUUCCUCGCUCCCAAACACACACACACACACACACACACACACACACAAACACACACACAGUCACUCACUCGCACGCACACAGACUGGCAGAAGGACAUUCCUAUCAUGCGUUCACAGAUGAGCCGGCAAAUAUGUCACCCAUGUCUCUCUUUCUCUUCCUCUGUCUUUUAACUGUGACAAGACUAUGCACUGUACAUCACUUUGGUGUGUGUGUGUGUGUGUGUGUGUGUGUGUGUGCCUGUUUCCCAGACGCCCCAUGUUCAGGUGAGGGAGAUGGAUUUGGAGAGAGAGACAGGGACCCGGGACUCUUUGCCCUCCACGCACGACGCGGAGCCAUCAAGCAGGCUAAGAUCCAUGAGGUCAAAUGUCACGAGUUCAGCGCCACGUUCUUCCCCCAGCCCACCUUCUGCUCCGUCUGUAAAGAGUUUGUCUGGUACGUCUACUGAGCCAAAGCACUGAGUAUACCAAACAUUAGGAACACCUUCCUAAUAUUGAGUUGCACCCCCUUUUCCCCUCAGAACAGCCUCAAUUCGUCGGGGCAUUGGACUCUUCAAGGUGUCGAAAGCGUUCCACACAGAUGCUGGCCUAUGUUGACUCCAAUGCAGUUGUGUCAGGUUGUCUGGAUGCCCUUUGGGUGGUGGACCCUUCUUGAUACACAUUGGAAACUGUUGAGCGUGAAAAACCUAGUAGUGUUGCAGUUCUUGACACAAACUGGUGAAGCACAUAAUCGUCUAGAAUAUCAUUGUAUGCUGUAGCUUUAAGAUUUCCCUUCACUGGAACUAAGGGGCCUAGCCCGAACCAUGAAAAACAGCCCCAGACCAUUAUUCCUCCUCCACCAAUCUUUACUGUUGGCACUAUGCAUUGGGGCAGGUAGUGUUCUCCUGGCAGCCGCCAAACCCAGAUUUGUACAUCGGACUGCCAGGUGGUGAAGCGUGAUUCAUCUUUCCAGAUACCGCUUUUCCACUGCUCCAGAGUUCAAUGGCGGCAAGCUUUACACCACUCCAGCCGACGUUUGGCAUUGCGCAUGGUGAUCUUAGGCUUGUGUUCGGCUGCUCAGCCAUGGAAACCCAUUUAAUGAAGCUCCCGACGAACAGUUCUUGUGCUGACAUUGCUUCCAGAGGCAGUUUGGAACUCAAUAGUGAGUGUUGCAACCGAGGACAGACGAUUUUUACUCACUACGCGCUUCAGCACUCGGAGGUCCCGUUCUGUGAGCUGUAUGGCCUACCACUUCGCGGCUGAGCCGUUGUUGCUUAAAUUUGAAGAACUGACUUGUUUGAAAGGUGGCAUCCUAUGACAGUGCCACGUUAAAAGUCACUGGCCUCUUCAGUAAGGCCAUUCUACUGCCAAUGUUUCUCUAUAGAGAUUGCAUGGCUGUGUGCUCGAUUUUAUACACCUGUCAGCAACGGGUGUGGCUGAAAUAGCAGAAUCCACUAAUUUGAAGGGGUGUCCACAUACUUUUGUAUAUAUAGUGUAUCAUGGAAAGAGCAGGUGCUCUUAAUGUUUUGUAUACUCAGUGUACAUGCUCUAUAAGUAACCCUUCUGUCUUUACAGUAUGUAUAUCAUAUCCUAACUUUAUUUAAAACCUAGUCAAUUGGAGUGCAAAUACUGUAUCCUAAUGACAUCAUUCACAUAGACCCUCUCUAUUUUUGUUAUUGUCCCGCUGAAACAAACACUACAGCAUUUCUGUUUGUACAUCAUCCAUAUUAUCCAGUGUUUGUUUCCUGCUUCCUGUUCCUGUUCAUGUUGUGUUUCUUUUCCCCACAGGGGUCUGAAUAAGCAGGGUUACCAGUGUCGACGUGAGUAUCACUGCUCUCUCUUCUCUCUGCUGUCUCUCUCUCCUCAUCUUCUACCUACUCCAUAUUCUAUCCCUACUCUCCUCCGUCCUCUCUCCUGUCUACACUCUCAUCCCCAUCCUUGGUCUUUCAGAGUGCAACGCAGCCAUCCACAAGAAAUGCAUUGACAAAAUCAUCGCCAAGUGCACUGGGUCGGCCAUCAACAGCAAAGAGACCAUGGUAGGCCUGUACAUUGUAGUCCAUUUCUAUACAACAAUGACAAUAAGUGGUCUUGAGCAUUUUAGAGCAUCUUGGAUUUGUCAUUAUAUUUAGUUGCUAGGGCUCCAAUAAUAGUGGCAGUAAACUGUGAUGUGUUCACUUUGUCUUGGUGUUUGUGACAUGAGGAACCUCAAUUAAAACAACCAACUGGAGGUCCCCUUAGAUUGCAUGCAGACAGUCUGGUGACUGUCUGGGCUUCUGGUGACUGUGGUUUAGGUCAGAGGUAACACGCUAGUUUAUUGUUGGUUAAAGUCAACCGCAUACACACUGACUCUCACUAACUCUCUCUCACAGCACACACUGAGACAAUAGGUUGGUUAUUCGAAGCAGACAGCUCUGUGGCUACUGUACUCACUGUCUACCAGUACUCAUCGAUCCUAGACAGAGAAAAAAUAGCAUUUUUAUCCCAGAGACUUUACUUCCCUAAAAAUUGUUGCCUACUUCCUGUGUCAUAUUUCCAUGGCAACAAAGGGUUGUAGUACGGUGUGUUCAGGUGACAGAGUGUGUUUGCUGUGUGUUGCAGAUCCACAAGGAGCGCUUUAAGAUCGACAUGCCCCACAGGUUUAAGGUGUACAACUACAAGAGCCCCACGUUCUGUGAACACUGUGGCACACUGCUGUGGGGGCUGGCCAAGCAGGGACUCAAGUGUGAAGGUGAGAGGAGAGUCCACAGGAGGCUGCUGAGGGGAGAACGGCUCAUAAUAAAGGCUGGAACGGAGCAAAUGGAAAGGCAUCAAACACAUUGAAACCAUGUGUUUGAUGUAUUUGAUACCGUUCCACUAAUUCCACUCCAUCCAUUACCACAAGCCCAUCCUCCCCAAUUAAGGUGCCACCAACCUCCUGUGGAAGAGACCCUGAUCACAUCAUAACAUCACAUCACUAUCAUUACACAAUCACGUCAUACCAUUACCAACUCAAAUCAUAACAGUACCAUAUCAAAUCAUUAUAUUGCACCAUUAUUGCAGUGUCACUUAUACCUUUUCACAUAAUUCCCUAUUUCACCAUUACAGGAGCCCAAAUAUCCAAAUAUAUUGAUUUCAUCACCCCAUUACAUCUGUGUGUGUAUACUGUAUAACCAUUUGUGUUGUCCAUUCAGAGUGUGGUAUGAACAUCCAUCACAAGUGCCAGAAAAAGGUGGCCAACCUGUGUGGAGUCAACCAGAAACGUAUGGCUGAAGCCCUGGCCAUGAUCGAGACUAAACAGCAGGUCAGAGUUCAGGGGUUGAGGGGUUAGGAAGUCUGUGCUGUCCGACAGAUCCACAAUAGCUCCAAAAUGCUUUUCAUGAAAUAAAAAAUAAAGUUAUGUUGAUUGUUAGUAAGGAAUCUAUCCCUGCCCGUUAUACAGAUAGGAUUGAGUCAUGUUAUUAAUUGUUAUAUGUGUCUAUGCAUUUUCCUAUAGGCCAGGGGCUCCAGAGAGAGUGAGAUCCGUAGUCGAGGCGGGCCAGUGGGUGUGGGCCAGGCAGGGGUGGUGCGGGAACCUUCAGGUUUAGUGGCAGGUCUCCCCCCGACCGCAGCCACCGCUGGGCGAAAAGGUAAGGAGACCACACAUGGUCAACCUGGUCAAUCAUGCAACUGUGAGGACUUUGUAGUCAACGUGAGACUUAAUAGGACUAAAUAACAAUUUCCCCUUCUCUUCCUCCUCUCCCACUCUCUCUUCCCUUCUCUUCCUCCUCUCCCACUCUCUCUUCCCUUCUCUUCCUCCUCUCCCACUCUCUCUUCCCUUCGUCUUCUCCUCUCCACUCUCUCUUCCCUUCUCUUCCUCCUCUCCCACUCUCUCUUCCCUUCUCUUCCUCCUCUCCCUCUCUCUUCCCUUCUCUUCCUCCUCUCCCACUCUCUCUUCCCUUCUCUUCCUCCUCUCCCACUCUCUCUUCCCUUCUCUGCCCCUUCUCCACCUCUUCCUUCCCUCUCCAGAGCAGCAGGGUGUAUCGUGGGACACCCCAGCGGAGGGGGACGUGCCUGCCCCUGUGAAGGAGGAGCUGUACGCCGUCCCCAGAAAAGAACACCAUCACAAGUUCACCCUCGACAACUUCAUCCUUCACAAGAUGCUGGGCAAAGGCAGUUUCGGCAAGGUACCAGAGAGAGUGCAAUGCCUGGUCAGAGAGAGAGAAAUCACUGCAUCUAGUGAGCACCUAGAUUCACUGGGAAUAUAUGUUUAUAACAUUUUAGUCAUUUAGCAGACACUCUUAUCCAGAGUGACUUACAGUGGCGAGUGCACACAUUUUCAUAUUUUUUUGUUCGGAAUGGUCCCCCGUGGGAAUUGAACCCACAACCAGUUUCUCAGUCCAUUGACAACUAGGACAUUUAUCAAGCUCAAACCUUGUCUUUGUUUAUGGUGAUACAGUUGAAGUCGGAAGUUUACAUACAACUUAGCCAAAUACAUUUAAACUCAGUUUUUCACAAUUCCUGACAUUUAAUCCUAGUAAAAAUUCCCUGUCUUAGGUCACUUUAUUUUAAGAAUGUGAAAUGUCAGAAUAAUAGUAGAGAGAAUUAUUUAUUUCAGCUUUUAUUUAUUUCAUCACAUUCCCAGUGGGUCAGAAGUUUACAUACACUCAAUUAGUAUUUGGUAGCAUUGCCUUUAAAUUGUUUAACUUGGGUCAAAUGUUUCGGGUAGCCUUCCACAAGCUUCCCACAAUACAUUUUGGCCCAUUCCUCCUGACAGAGCUGGUGUAACAGAGUCAGGUAUGUAGGCCUCCUUGCUCGCACAUGCUUUUUCAGUUCUGCCCACAAAUGUUCUAUAGGAUUUAGGUCAGGGCUUUGUGAUGGCCACUCCAAUACCUUGACUUUGUUGUCCUUAAGCCAUUUUGCCACAACUUUGGAAGUAUGCUUGGGGUCAUUGUCCAUUUGGAAGACCUAUUUGCGACCCAGCUUUAACUUCCUGACUGAUGUCUUGAGAUGUUGCUUCAAUAUAUCCACAUAAUUUUCCUUCCUCAUGAUGCCAUUUAUUUUAUGAAGUACACCAGUCCCUCCAGCAGCAAAGCCCCCCCACAGCAUGAUGCUGCCACCUCCGUGCUUCACGGUUGGGAUGGGUGUUCUUCGGCUUGCAAGUCCCCCACUUUUUCCUCCAAACAUAACAUGGUUUCUAUUUUUGUUUCAUCAGACCAGAGGACAUUCUUCCAAAAGUAAGAUCUUUGUCCCCAUGUGCAGUUGCAAAACCGUAGUCAUUAUGGCGGUUUUGGAGCAGUGGUCUUCCUUGGUGACGGCCUUUCAGUUAUGUCAUAAGACUCUUUUUAAACUGUGAUAUAGAGACUUUGGUACCUGUUUCCUCCAGCAUCUUCACAAGGUAUUUUACUGUUGUUCUGGGAUUGAUUUUCACUUUUUGCACCAAAGUACGUUCAUCUCUAGGAGACAGAACGCGUCUCCUUCCUGAGCGGUAUGACGGCUGCGUGGUCCCAUGGUGUUUAUACUUGCGUACUAUUGUUUGUACAAGUAAACGUGGUACCUUCAGGCGUUUGGAAAUUGCUCCCAAGGAUGAACCAGACUUGUGGAGGUCUACACAUUUUUUUUCCUGAGGUCUUGGCUGAUUUAUUUGCUUUCCCCAUGAUGUCAAGCAAAGAGGCACUGAGUUUGAAGGUAGGCCUUGAAAUACAUCCACAGGUACACCUCCAAUUGACUCAAAUUAUGUCAAUUAGCCUAUCAGAAGCUUCUAAAACCAUGACAUCAUUUUCUGGAAUUUUCCAAGCUGUUUAAAGGCACAGUCAACUUAGUGUAUGUAAAUUUUUGACCCACUGGAAUUGUGAUACAGUGAAUUAUAAGUGAAAUAAUCUGUCUGUAAACAAUUGUUGGAAAAAUUACUUGUGUCAUGCACAAAGUAGAUGUCCUAACCGACUUGCCAAAACGAUAGUUUGUUAACAAGAAAUGUGUGGAGUGGUUGUAAACUUUCGGCUUCAACUGUAUGUCUUACUCUAACUGAUGGAAACAGUGCAGAUGAAAGUGUACUUUGUUAUUUAUAGGGAUUGCAUUGUGAACAAACAAAACAUUAGGAAUACCUGCUCUUUCCAUGACAUAGACUGACCAGGUGAAAGCUAUUAUCCCUUACUGAUGUCACCUGUUGAAGGGGAGGAGACUGGUUAAAGAAGGAUUUUUAAGCCUUUAAGAUUGAAGUGCCUUUGAAUGGGGUAUGGUAGGCGCACCAGGUUGAUUGUGUCAAGAACUGCUAUGUAGCUGGGUUUUCACGCUCAACAGUUUCCCAUGUGUAUCAAGAAUGGUCCACCAUCCAAAGGACAUCCAACCAACUUGACACAACUGUGGGAUGCAUUAGAGUCAACAUGGGCCAGCAUUCCAGUGGAACGCUUUUGACACCUUGUAGAGUCCAUGUCCUGACAAAUUGAGGCUCAACUCAAUAUUAGGAAGGUGCUCUUAAUGUUUUGUACACUCAGUGUAUAUCCUGUUAUUAUACUCAAGCCUGUGAGCCUGGGUCAGCAUGACCUAAGCAGAAGUUUCUGGCAGGGGGAGAGAGCCUGCUUGGCAUCUCGGCCCUGCUUGUGUGAGUCUAUUGUGAUAUAAGGAAGAGAGCCUACUCAUGAGGAGUAAGAUAAUCUUAAUACAAAUAUAAUGUUGGUGUCAUGAUGAUGAUUAUGUUUGGACUUGUAAACAUGUUGGUCAGAAUGUUCCAGAACAAGAAUGUACUAGAACUUUGCAAGAAUGGACGUCAAUAGGGGAGUGUAUCAGACACUGAGUGUUACCAAUAAUGUUAGUCAUAGUUAGGGUUGCAAAGGUACGGUAUAUUACCAGUAACUUUCUAAGCUUACCAGGAAACUUCCGGAAUUAUGGAAACUUUCAGGAUUUUAUGGAAUUUUCAUAAUAUGUCAAGGAGAUAAAAUAAUACAUUAAGACGAUUUGAACAAACAUAAUAGAAUGGCAAAGCUUUAAAACAUUAUCCUAAAUAUAACCCAUCAACUUAGUAUAAAAUAUAAAAGUGUGACUUGUUGCCUGGUCUUUGAACAUGUUCUAGCCAUGCUCUGUGUUCCUGGAUCCAGUGUACUAAAGAGACUUCUUGAUUGUACUUAGAAGUUGCCUGACGGAUCCUUCACCUCCAUUUGACAAGCCUGAAUAGCCGAAGACAGUGAUUGUCCUACAUCACGGAUAUCUUGGGGUCAUUGUCCUCCUGGAAGACCUAUUUGCGACCCAGCUUUUUAAUCCUGAAUGAUGUCUGAGAUUUGCUUCAUAUAUCCACAUAAUUUUCCUUCCUCAUGAUGCCAUUUAUUUUAUGAAGUACACCAGUCCCUCCAGCAGCAAAGCACCCCCACAGCAUGAUGCUGCCACCUCCGUGCUUCACGGUUGGGAUGGUGUUCUUCGGCUUGCAAGUCCCCACUUUUUCCUCCAAACAUAACAAUGGUCAUUAUGGCCAAAAAGUACAAUCUUUGUCCCCAUGUGCAGUUGCAAACCGUAGUCUGGCUUUUUUAUGGCGGUUUUGGAGCAGUGGCUUCUUCCUUGCUGAGCGGCCUUUCAUGUUAUGUCGAUAUAGAACUCGUUUUACUGUGGAUAUAAAUACUUUUGUACCUGUUUACAUUUUAGUCAUACACAUUUUAGUCAUCGCUCUGAUCCAGAGUGACUUACAGGAGCAAUUAGGGUUAAGUGCCUUGCUCAACGGCAUAUCGACAGAUUUUUCACCUAGUCGGCUCGGGGAUUAGAACCAGCGACCUUUCGGUUACCGGCACAACGCUCUUAACCACUAACCUACCUGCCGCCACCUGUUUCCUCCGGCAUCUUCACAAGGUCCUUUACUGUUGUUCUGGGAUUGAUUUGCACUUUUCGCACCAAAGUACGUUCAUCUCUAGGAGACAGAACGCGUCUCCUUCCUGAGCGGUAUGACGGCUGCGUGGUCCCAUGGUGUUUAUACUUGCGUACUAUUGUUUGUACAAGUGAACGUGGUACCUUCAGGCGUUUGGAAAUUGCUCCCAAGGAUGAACCAGACUUGUGGAGGUCUACACAUUUUUUCCCUGAGGUCUUGGCUGAUUUAUUUUGAUUUCCCCAUGAUGUCAAGCAAAGAGGCACUGAGUUUGAAGGUAGGCCUUGAAAUACAUCCACAGGUACACCUCCAAUUGACUCAAAUGAUGUCAAUUAGCCUAUCAGAAGCUUCUAAAACAUCAUUUUCUGGAAUUUUCCAAGCUGUUUAAAGGCACAGUCAACUUAGUGUAUGUAAACUUCUGACCCACUGGAAUUGUGAUACAGUGAAUUAUAAGUGAAAUAAUCUGUCUGUAAACAAUUGUUGGAAAAAUUACUUGUGUCAUGCACAAAGUAGAUGUCCUAACCGACUUGCCAAAACAAUAGUUUGUUAACAAGAAAUUUGUGGAGUGGUUGUAAACUUCCGACUUCAACUGUAUGUCUUACUCUAACUGAUGGAAACCGUGCAGAUGAAAGUGUACUUUGUUAUUUAUAGGGAUUGCAUUGUGAACAAACGUACACUGAGUGUACAAAACAUUAGGAACACCUGCUCUUUCCAUGACAUAGACUUACCAGGUGAAAGCUAUUAUCCCUUACUGAUGUCACCUGUUGAAGGAGAGAAGACAGGUUAAAGAAGGAUUUUUAAGCCUUUAAGAUUGAAGUGCCUUUGAAUAGGGUAUGGUGUCAGGCGCACCAGGUUGAGUGUGUCAAGAACUGCAACGUUGCUGGGUUUUCACACUCAACAGUUUCCCAUGUGUAUCAAGAAUGGUCCACCAUCCAAAGGACAUCCAACCAACUUGACACAACUGUGGGAUGCAUUGGAGUCAACAUGGGCCAGCAUUCCAGUGGAACGCUUUUGACACCUUGUAGAGUCCAUGUCCUGACAAAUUGAGGCUCAACUCAAUAUUAGGAAGGUACUCUUAAUGUUUUGUACACUCAGUGUAUAUCCUGUUAUUAUACUCAAGCCUGUGAGCCUGGGUCAGCAUGACCUAAGCAGAAGUUUCUGGCAGGGGGAGAGAGCCUGCUUGGCAUCUUGGCCCUGCUUGUGUGAGUGUAUUGUGAUAUAAGGAAGAGAGCCUACUCAUGAGGAGUAAGAUCAUCUUAAUACAAAUAUAAUGUUGGUGUCAUGAUGAUGAUUAUGUUUGGACUUGUAAACAUGUUGGUCAGAAUGUUCCAGAACAACAACUUUGCAAGAAUGGACGUCAAUAGGGGAGUGUAUCGGACACUGUGUGUUACCAAUAAUGUUAGUCAUAGUUAGGGUUGCAAAGGUACGGUAUAUUACCAGUAACUUUCUAAGCUUACCAGGAAACUUCCGGAAUUAUGGAAACUUUCUGGAUUUUAUGGAAUUUUCAUAAUAUGUCAAGGAGAUAAAAUAAUACAUUAAGACGAUUUGAACAAACAUAAUAGAAUGGCAAAGCUUUAAAACAUUAUCCUAAAUAUAAACCAUCAAUUUAGUAUAAUAUAUAAACGUGUGACUUGUGUUGCCUGGUCUUUGAACAUGUUCUAGCCAUGCUCUGUGUUCCUGGAUCCAGUGUACUAAAGAGACUUCUUGAUUGUACUUAGAAGUUGCCUGACGGAUCCUUCACCUCAAUUUGACAAGCCUGAAUAGCCGAAGACAGUGAUUUCCUACAUAACGUAUCAUCUGUGUGUGUUCCUAGGUGUUUCUGGCCGAGCUGAAGAGCAGUAGAGAGUUCUUUGCGGUGAAGGCUCUGAAGAAGGACGUGGUUCUGAUGGAUGAUGAUGUGGAGUGUACCAUGGUGGAGAGGAGAGUACUCUCCCUGGCCUGGGAACACCCAUUCCUCACACACCUCCACUGCACCUUCCAGACCACGGUAACACACACACAUGAACUCAACACACACACCCACACACCACCACAGGUUUUGUUGAGAUGACUGUGUUGUGUAUUUGACAGGAUAACCUGUUCUUUGUGAUGGAGUAUCUGAACGGAGGUGACCUCAUGUUCCACAUCCAGAACUGUCACAAGUUUGACGUGCACAGAUCUACGUAAGUUGACCCGUACACACAAUCAGGCUAUGUCUACCAGACACACACACACACACACACUUCCUCCAUUCUCUCCACCCAUCCCUCUCUCCUCCAUCUGGCUGUAGGUUCUAUGCUGCUGAGAUUAUCUGUGGGCUCCAGUUCCUCCACUCCAAAGGCAUUGUCUAUAGGGAUCUGAAGCUGGACAACGUGUUGUUAGACUCAGAAGGCCAUAUAAAGAUAGCAGACUUUGGGAUGUGUAAGGAGAACAUGGAGGGAGAAACACAGACCUGCACCUUCUGUGGAACACCUGAUUACAUCGCCCCAGAGGUGACUACAUGUUCACCAUCACCAUAGGAAUCUACACUCUUACUAUCAGCAUUGCAACCGUUAAAAAGGUGUAUUAAAUAAGCAAUGGAAAUGUUCCCUUGGGGAACCAUAACGUUUCUCACUCUCAAUUCUGAUCUCAUUGAUUUGUAUCAUUAAUCAAUUACAGACCAGCUCCGUCUAAAUGUACUGGUUUUAGAUCAACAUCAUGAAGUGAUGGCGAUGAUGGUGAUGAUGAAGAGAUGUCAUGUUGAACUGUAUGGACAUGGUUUUUUAGAUUCUGCUGGGGCAGAAGUACGGCAGCUCAGUGGACUGGUGGUCGUUUGGGGUCUUGCUGUAUGAGAUGCUGAUUGGCCAGUCUCCAUUCCAUGGUCACGAUGAGGAGGAACUGUUCCAGUCCAUCAGGACAGAUGACCCCUGUUACCCCCGCUGGCUGACCAAGGAUGCACAAGACAUCCUCAUCAAGGUCUCACUCAAUGUAACAACUUGGUCCACUCACUGCAAUGCCAUGACAAAUUAACUAUGACAACAUUGUCCACUAUGCACCAGAUUACAUACAUCAACAUGAAUGAUUGACGGUUGGGAUGGAUGUGACCUGUACUGUGUGUGUCUGCGUGUGAUUGGUUACCUUUCAUGAGUGUGCUCGUAUGUAUUUUUCCCAUUGGAGUGGAGGCUGUGACCUUGGCGUCCUCUGUCCUGAUGUGUGUGUAUAUAUGGUGUGUUUGUUUUUAUAGCUGUUUGUGAGGGAGCCGGAGAGGAGGCUGGGUGUGAAGGGGAACAUCCGUCAACACUCCUUCUUCAAAGACACAGACUGGAACGCCCUGGAGAAACGAGAAGUGGCGCCGCCCUUCAGGCCAACUGUGGUAAGUACAUCCUCAGACUGCGAGUGUGUUUGUUUGUUUACGUGUGUGUGCGUAGGUAACCUAUUCCCUCUCUCCUGUCCAUGCAGAAAUCCCCCAGUGAUGUCAGUAACUUUGACAAGGAGUUUAUCAAUGAGAAACCCUGGUUGUCGUGUGCAGAUCGUACCCUCAUGAACAGUGUGGACCAAACCAUGUUCAACAACUUCUCCUUUGUCAACCCAGCUAUGGGCCACAUCAAAGGCCCCUGA